UUAAUUACCGAGAAAAUCAAAUAUACCCUUGGGCUCUCCCAAGGCCCAUGGGCUGGUAAUUACCUGGGUGCCUGUAGGACCCAAGACUGCACCGGCUAAGAAGUAGUGGUCCCUGGCAAAUCGGAAGGAAAUAGUGAUGUUUGUUCUGUUCUAUUUUAACGGAUCUUCAAGAAUUUACUGUUUUUGGUGAGGAGUAUCUUUUGAAAUUUGAAUUACAGAACUGGAAACUUUGUUUAGAACAAUGAAGAGUUUGAUGGCUCUAACCCGGAUGACUAAUCAGCUUUCUCAUAUAAAUCCACCCAGAAAAACUUCUCACUACACCGGGAUAAGACCAGAAGUAAAGAGUAACUCUAUGGAAAUUCAAACCCAGAAAAAACCCAGAAUUCUUUGCUUGCAUGGAUUCAGAACAAGCGGUAAAAUCCUUGAGAACUUGAUCAGGAGGAGAUGGUCUGAAACCGCGCUUGAAAAGCUGGAUCUUGAUUUCCUUGACGGCCCUUUUCCCGCACAAGGUAAAUCUGAUGUUGAAGGCAUUUUUGAUCCUCCCUACUAUGAGUGGUAUCAAAGCUAUCAGGAUUACAAGGAGUAUAAGAACUUUGAAGAGUGUAUUGCUUAUAUAGAAGAUUACAUGACAAAGCAUGGUCCAUUUGAUGGCCUUCUGGGUUUUUCCCAGGGAGCUCUUAUAUCAGCUGCUAUGCCUGGAAUGCAAGCUCAGGGUGUGGCUCUCAGGAGGGUACCAAAGAUUAAGUUCCUGAUAAUAAUAUCGGGUGCAAAGUUUAAAGGAUUGCAAUUUGGGCAACCUAAGCUUGCUGCUAAUGCAUUUUCAUCUCCAAUUGAGUGCCCCUCUCUUCACUUCAUAGGGGAAACUGAUUUUCUGAAGCAAGAGGGAACUGCUUUAUUGGAAUCAUUUGUAGAUCCUGUUGUGAUUUAUCAUUUGAGAGGUCAUACUGUGCCAAAACUUGAUGAACAGUGUCUGGCGACGACGCUUAGCUUUAUUGAGAUGAUACAACGUAUGUUCCCCGGCGAGGAAUAGAUCCAUGUAGGUUUGGAGGUGGCUUUGUUGAACUUGAAUGACAUGAUAUGAUCUUUUCAUGUCAAUAAAUUGUUUCUUACUGAAACUAAGAAUUCAAUUUGGUUAUAUUUCAGUUUACUUUAUGUUUGAGAACUCAAAAGAAGACAUAUGAAUUCAUCAUUUUUGGUGAAAUUGAAUAUAUAUUUGUAUACAUAUUGCAAUAAAAUGGAGUUUGUCA